GCUAGAAUACUGAAAAGCGCUGAGAAUGCGAACGUGACGGUCCCCUCGUAGUUGACGCGCUUAUAACUGACUCGUACGUAAACACGGCGAACACCGUGUUCCCCUGAUAAUGCUGCCCGCAAUACGAUAGCCGUCAGUAAAAGAUUACCUAUCGGGGUAUCAAAAGGCAAUGCGAAACUUGGAACUACUCAUGAGCACAGCCACUUAGCUCCCGUUGGCGCUGAAUGAUCAAAACCAAAUCAAUUCUUCUUCUAGCAAGACAAGAACGACAUUUACAGCAAACAUUUGAAGAUUUUUUUUUUUGCCGUCUACGGCGUUUCCCUUUCCCACAAGAACAAUGUGCACAGUAUUCUUAAUGAGAGAAGCUUGUUAUAUAUAACUUGAAUAUUGUUGCUGGUUGUGUUUUGAAUUUGAAAUGGUAUUUUUCCUGAUAAAUCACUGACUAAAUGAUGAGACGACGCUGAUGACACAAGCGACGAAAUUCUAUAUAACUGGACCAAGAAUCUAUUAGAAAACUGGAAGAUCUGACCUAACUAUGAACUAUUCGUACAAUUCGACCGACGAGCCAUUCGCAUCACGCGCACUCGUAAUGACUCUGUAUUCUGCUAUAUUCAGCGUUAGCUUGACCGGAAAUACACUUGUGUGCUUAGUGGUUUGUCGUCAACAAAAGAUGCGGACAUCCACAAACUACUACAUUGUUAAUCUUGCUUGCGCAGACCUAGCAAUCACGGUGCUUUGUAUCCCAUUCGAUAUUGCAAUUCAGAAAAACAGUUAUGUGUGGCCAUUUGGUGCUUUCAUGUGCAAGGUGCUUUAUCCAAUAAUGACGAUGUCUGCCUUUGCGUCCGUUGGUACAUUGACAGCGAUCGCUCUCAACCGCUACAUUGCCGUAAUGAAGGCUAUGCGUGUAUACGGGGCAAAGAAACGCGCCAAAUUAGCGAUAUCGCUCAUAUGGGCUUUUUCAUUCUCCGCUGUGCUACCAUACGCGUUAGCGCUAGAAGUUGAUCAAAACGCAAAGUGCGUUGAAACAUGGUCAAGCAGCUAUAGUCAGUGUUAUACAUUGUUUAUAUUUGUGUUCCAAUAUGUGAUUCCUCUGUCGGUCAUUACUGCAGCGUACGUGGCUAUAGGGCUGCAGCUGAGGCGUAACCGCGCUAAUCUGGCUGCCGCGCACAGACGACAAGACCGAGAUGUCGCCAAGGUGGUUCGAAUGAUGACUAUUGUUGUAUUGAUAUUUGCCGUCUGCAUGCUACCAAACCACAUGCUGUGGAUUUUUAGAGACUUUAGCUCCAGCUUUGAUGAUUCACUAAGAGAGACGCUGCAGCAUUGGGGUGAGAUUUUGAUUUACGCAAACAGCUCUUCCAAUCCCAUUGUUUACAGUAUAUGUAUUGAGGAGUUCCGAAUGGCUUUUAAAGCAUAUAUAACAAAAUGUUGUCGGGUUAGCGAGGAAGAUGUACGGCCAAUCAAUAGAAUGUUUGAGCGGAUCUCAUUUCGCGGAAGAUCCUUCUCAAGUGACCGAUUAGGAAGACAAGCCAUGCGUCUAGCUAAUAGAAGAUUGGAUAAAGAACGAGCUCUCCGUCACACCCUCAGCCAAACCACGUUCCACGAAAGCGAACUACCAAAUCGCUACUUGCAAAGAAUGCACAAAAGUGUGCUAAACGACAGACUCGCCAAGAAAACUGGCAAAAGACCCGACACGGAAGUUGAUUCGAAACGCUCUAAUUGCUCACAUGCUACAUUCAAUAGGGACUCCCUUAAGAUAACAAGAGUUUAAUAAAAUAAGUCGAGUUGCCAAAGUACUAAAAGCUUCCGUGCUGUGCUUCUAAUGGAAGCCUGAAGGCCAAGUCACAGAGGAGCUUUCGCAAUCAAGGAAAACUCAACAUCGUUUGCCUUGUCUGGGAAUAGUGCGAAGUCAAUCAACUAUCUAAAUACCUAUCAUUUACUUUUAUGUUUUCACGUCGCUCGAUAAGCCACUGAUCUGCAAACAGCAAGUGCAUUUGAUUGGUCAAAGUCGCAUGAUUGACUUCGUCAUAAUUCCAGACGAGAAAUGUAUUUCAAAUUAUUGGCUGUCGCAGAACUACAAAUUCGGUUUUAAGGUGUAUCGCCCUCCGGCUUCCAGGUUUUUCGAUAUGACAUAUCUUAGCCAUGUAAUUCAGAUAGAUAGAUGUUGUCUGGGCAUAUAAGAUAUUGCUAAAAUAGGACGACGGAUGCAAGAGCAGUAUUUUCAUUCAUCAUAGCCUCAUUUCUUAUCGAAAUCUUCCUCCUACAUCUCUUCACUAAUAUAAAAGCUAUGAUGUGCAUA